GCUUUCUCAUACCCCAACUCGUUUUUAGCUGAAAUUUUCGCCUCACAGGCAUUCCGAACAUCAGUUAUCACGAAGAGAUCCGGGUCUCCUCAUUUUGGUUUCCAGUGCCUUCGAUGGAGAAAAAUCCUAAGAGGAUUUUAGCCCUUCUCUUGAGGGUGCUCGCACUGGGGGCGGCUGUGUCAGCAACCAUUGUCAUGGCCACGAGCCAUGAGAGGGCCAAUUUCUUCACGGCGUCCUUCGAGGCUGAGUAUAGCGACACUCCUGCCUUCAAGUACUUUGUGAUCGUCAAUGCUGUUGUGAGUGCGUACAGCUUAAUAGCCCUCUUCGUGCCCUGGGGGAGCUUGCUACGAAGAUUACUCGUCACCUUGGAUCUGCUUGUGACAAUGCUGCUGACUUCAAGCAUCUCCGCCGCACUGGCAAUUGCUCAGGUGGGGAAAAAGGGAAAUUCACAUGCUGGGUGGCUCCCGAUCUGUGGACAAGUCCCCAAGUACUGUGAUCAUGUUACGGGAGCUCUAGCGGCUGGUUUUGCGGCUGUCAUAAUAUACACAAUUCUCCUGAUGUUCUCCGUCCAUUCUGUCCUAAAUGACCUUCUCAAUUGAGAACUCUUCCGAGCGAAAGAUUUCUAGAUGAGAAGCAUAUGUAUGUCCCGUUGAGGAUACAUAUUUGUUACUUGUUUGUUUUAUUUAACGGGUUGCAGAGAGUUACAAAUGCUUGAGUCUGUGUACUAUACUACAGUUUAUUCACACACCAAUUUCGAGUAUUCUUCUCGAUUUGCCUAUGUCCAAUAUUUUAGGUUAAUGCCUCAGAGACCAUUCCUUUCGCUCUUUCUAAAUUGAGGAAAGCUCCAGUCCAUGUUAUACUCGUCAAAUCUGUAAAAGAAAGAUUUACAAUGGAUUGGCAAUCUCUACAUUAGGAGGCA